UGGGGAGAGAGAGAGGGAGGUCAGUGUGUCUUAGCCUGGGCCAGUCUCAACCACCCAGUACACUGGACUGAGGAACAGCAGUUAGUGGAGGCGAAGUCUGGAGGUUCCAAACCCCCUGAAGAUGUAUGGGUUGUAUCUGGAAGCAGUGAAUGACUACAUUAAUGAGUCCUACGGGGAGGACGUUUGGAGGCUGAUCGAGGCCCGGGCAGAGAUCCCUCACCUCAAGUUUGUGCGCCACCAGAUGUACAAUGACAAUCUGAUCCUUCGUCUGGCUAAAGCAGCUGGAGAGGUUCUUGGAAAGACGCAUGAUGAACUGAUGUACGCUUUUGGGGUCUAUAUGGUCAAGCGAAUAGGAAACUAUGGCUAUGAGCGAAUUCUCAAGGUGCUGGGGCGUAAUGUGCGCGACUUCAUCAAUGAGUUGGAUAACCUGCACGAGUAUUUCCGCUUCUCCUUCCCCAAAGUGCAGCCGCCCAGUUUCUGUGUGGAAGAGGAGUGUGAGACCAGCUUGACGCUGCACUACCGCUCCACCAGGAAGGGAUUUACUCAGUUUGUCAAAGGGCAACUCUCUCAAGUGGGCCGACAAUUUUACAACACAGACAUUGAAGUGGAGAUCCUGUCUAAAGAGGAGACAGAGAAAAUGACAUACGUGGUAUAUAAGAUGAACUUCGACAAUGCUGCGUUUAAGCACCGGAUGCCCCAGCAGAAGACAGCUCCUGGUUAUGAGAAGCUCCCUAUGAAGAGGGGUAUCUUCUUUGACAUGUUCCCCUUUAGUGUGAUCUUCCGCAGAGACAUGACCAUGUAUCGCAUCGGAGAUGGCCUGAAGGAAGUGUUCUCUGAUCUGCAAGGCAAAAAGGUCAACGAGGAAUUCACCCUGGUGCGGCCCAUGCUGGAGUUUAGUUGGGAUAAUAUCUACACUCACCUCAACAAUGUGUUUGAGUUGCUGUCAAAAGCUGUGGUAGAGAGCAAGCAAAAGGUCAACAUCCCCAAACUAAGCAAAGAAGAGCCAGAGGAGAAGGAGGAGAGCGAGAAGCCAAAAAAGGAAGAAAGAGACAUAAAGGUAAUGGAGGAGAUGAAAGGAGCAGAUCAGGAGUACAGCAGUACGCUAACCCAGUACAACAGCUCUGCUAACUCUGGAGGAGAGGACAUUGAACUGCUUGCCUUCCAGACAGUCACUGGUAAAUGCAGUGAAACCAUAUUUGAGGACAUGCGGGAGCCACCCAAGAAGCCUCUCCAUCUGAAGGGCCAGAUGAAAUAUGUUCCUCAGUGGGAUUCCCUAAUCUUCCUCGGCACACCCAUUAUUGAGACAGUGGAGGACAUGAUUAAAAUGGGUGUUUACGUCAAUGACCUCAACCUGCAUGACUCCAGCAGAGAGCUCAUUCUGGCAGGAACUCAGCAAUCAGCCGAGCUGCAGCUGGCCCUUGAUCAGGAGCAGCAGAAAUAUGCCCAACUGCAAGAGAUCAUUAAAAAGCUGGAUGAGGAGAAGAAGAGAGGUGACUCGCUGCUGUAUGCCAUGAUACCAAAAGCUGUAGCUGACAGACUGCGCAAAGGCAUCACAGCCCUCGAGACCUGUCAGGUGUUCCCGGAUGUGACCAUCUUGUUCAGCGAUGUAGUGAAGUUUAAUGAGAUCUGCAUCCACAUCACACCUAUGCAGGUGGUGGACAUGCUCAAUGAGAUCUACAUAGUUUUCGACACCCUCAGUGAGAAGCACAAUGUCUACAAGGUGGAGACCAUAAGAGAUGCCUACAUGGUGGUAGCUGGAGUGCCCAAUAAGACCACGUUUCAUGCCCACCAUAUCUGUGACAUGGCUCUAGACAUGUUGAGCUCCAUCGACCACCUCAAAGACCCCUCCACUGGGGACAACAUUCAGAUCCGCGUCGGAAUCCAUUCUGGCAUGGUGGUAGCAGGGGUGGUGGGACUGAAGAUGCCACGCUACUGUCUGUUCGGGGACACGGUGAACACUGCUUCUCGCAUGGAGUCAAACGGAGUGGGCAUGCAAAUCCACAUUAGCCAGACCACCAAGGACCACUUGGAGCAUGAACCAUACAUCAUUGAAGAAAGGGGCAAGAUUUUUGUAAAGGGUAAAGGCUACAUGAAAACUUACUGGCUGAAAGGGAAGAAGGACUUGUCCUUUAAGACUCCAGCUGAGCUUCGGUACAGCAGUGAACAGAAAGACUCUGAAGACAGAAGCUCCAAUGAUUCCACUUGUACCAACACCAAGCGCUCUAACUCCAAUCUAAACAUCCCCAAUGAGGAGCAGGCAGAAGGCAAGCCCACCCCAGCAGACCUGCCCCCUGACACACUACCACCGCUGGAGGGCACUACGGACGCAAGCACAGUCACUAAUGAGCCCCAGGACAAGGAGAAGGUCAAAAAGACAAAGAACAACAAAGGAGGCAAGGCAGAGAAUUCCUCUGGUAAUGCACAGGAAAGCAGUCCCCCUGCUGGUAGCCAAAAGAAGACAAGCCCAGUGCUCAAUAAUAAAAAGCACAGCUUCAGAAACCAGUACGCACGGUUACCGGCCAACCUGCCCAUGCGCAGUACGGCCUGCACUCUGCUCUGAGAAGCCAGCAAAGAGUCAUCAUAUAGUCUAACACAGAAUGAACUUCUAAAACCCCUGCUUCACUGACAGAAUGAAUCUAGAACCAGCUUCUAGAGUUCUCAGACAACCUUACAGAAAAUAAACCGAAUUCCAGAACCUGAAGAGUAAAUUUCACCAUACAUGGAUAAUAAGUUUCACAGAUUUACACUCCAUUUAUCACCUGCUGACAUUUAGAGGCAUCAGUACUGAUACCACAGCAGUGUUUUAACCCGAUAU